GCGCGCGGCUGCAGCGCGACGGGGGCGGGACCACGGCCGUAAAGCAGCCCCCGAGACCACUAGGCCUCCGAGCUGCUCAGGGCGACCUUGAAGGUUCUUGGGUCUGCGCGUUAUGGCCGGUCCUUUGCACGGCGGUCGGGCCCGGGCCCUGGACCUACUCCGGGACCUGCCGCGUGUGAGCCUGGCCAACUUAAAGCCGAAUCCCGGCUCCAAGAAACCGGAGAGACGACCAAGAGGUCGGAGAAGAGGUAGAAAAUGUGGCAGAGGCCAUAAAGGAGAAAGGCAAAGAGGAACCCGGCCCCGCUUGGGCUUUGAGGGAGGCCAGACUCCAUUUUACAUCCGAAUCCCAAAAUACGGGUUUAACGAAGGACAUAGUUUCAGACGCCAGUAUAAGCCUUUGAGUCUCAAUAGGCUGCAGUAUCUGAUUGAUUUGGGUCGUGUUGAUCCUACUCAACCAAUUGACUUAACCCAGCUUGUCAAUGGGAGAGGUGUGAGCAUCCAGCCACUUAAAAGGGAUUAUGGUGUCCAACUGGUCGAGGAGGGUGCUGACACCUUUAAGGCAAAAGUUAAUAUUGAAGUACAGUUGGCUUCAGAACUGGCUAUUGCUGCCAUUGAAAAAAAUGGUGGUGUUGUUACUACAGCCUUCUAUGAUCCAAGAAGUCUGGACAUUGUAUGCAAACCUGUUCCAUUCUUUCUUCGUGGACAACCCAUUCCAAAAAGAAUGCUUCCACCAGAAGAACUGGUGCCAUAUUACACUGAUGCAAAGAAUCGUGGGUACCUGGCGGAUCCUGCCAAAUUUCCUGAAGCACGACUUGAACUUGCCAGGAAGUAUGGUUAUAUCUUACCUGAUAUCACUAAAGAUGAACUCUUCAAAAUGCUCUGUACUAGGAAGGAUCCAAGACAGAUUUUCUUUGGUCUUGCUCCAGGAUGGGUGGUGAAUAUGACCGAUAAGAAAAUCCUAAAACCUACAGAUGAAAAUCUUCUUAAGUAUUAUAGCUCAUGAAUUCCUGCCCAAGAAAGCAGAGUUGUUAAAGAGUACUGGAAUAGGGGCUGAAGGAUCUAUAUUCCUCAUUGCAUUUCCUUAUGUAUAACUUUCCAGAUGGUGGUGUUACUUUUCAGUGUACUCAUAUGUCUCAUUUUCAUCUAAAAUUAAAAUGGCAGGAAACAAGGACUGCAUAGAGAAAGUGAGUCUGUGUGGGUUCUGUCUCAAAGAUAUAAACUCCCUGAUUGUCUAUGGAAGGAAAAUGACAACUAUUUUAGAAUAUUUCUAGUUUGUUUUUUCAAUGAUAUUUUCAUCCAGACCUUGUUACUGUUACAGACCAGAAUGAAUGCACAAGUGGAAUGGGAUUGACCUGUAGGCCUGCUCUGCCAAGAUGAGAGCAUAUGGAAUGAGUUGGUGACCCCUCUCUUAAUCUGUAGCCUCAGGGAAAACAUGGCUACCCAGUGUCAAGAUGGUAAACCCUCAACUCGAAGAGUAAGAUCAGGACGUAUGCUUAAGGUGUAAGGCUGAGGAGUAGCUGGUAGGCAGUAUGUUUGCCAGCGACAUUGAAUGUGAGAGAAACAAAAAUUACAAGUCAAUUUGUUUUCUCAAUUCUGUGGUAAAAGUGUUACAGGCAGGCCUUUGUUCUUAGAGCUCCCAAGAUGGUGGCGGCCACUCCCAAGAUGGUAGCAAGCCUUCUCCAACCUGGGGUUCUUGGCCUCACAGAUUCCAAGGAAUGGAACCUUAGGCCAUGUGGUGAGUGUUACAGCUCUAUUAGAAGCCAUGGGUCAUGGAAGAGAACUGUGGAACCCAGUGACUAAUGUUCAGCUCGAUUAGGAUGAACCCUGGGCCCUUAGCCAUGCAGGAACAAUGGUGAGCCUCUAGCCCGAUUGGGAGCAGCAGUGGGCACCUCGCUGGAUCAGAAGCACAGUUGACACCCUGCCAGAUCCAGAGGGGUGGAAGUCAAUGGCGGGUCUGGGAUGGCGGUGAACAGCAGUGGUGGAAGCGAGCAAAAGCUCAGCUCGAGCUGUAACAAACACAGACCAGAAGAGUGUGCAGUUGCAAGACUUAACAGAAUGAAAACAGAGCUCCCAUGUAAUGGGAGGUGACCCAAAGGGAGUUGCCCACUUGCUGCUCGAAUGCCUGGAUUUAUAUCCCGAUCACUGUCCCUCCCCGUGUACUCUCAGGCGAUACAUGAUUAGACUAUUUCUUUACCUCCCGCUCUUAACCUAAUUUGUAUUUUAGUGAGCCCUCUUUGCUACCUGAUUGGUCAGGUGUGAGCUGAGUUACAAGCCUCAUGUUUAAAGGUAGGUGCCGUCACCUUCCCCAGCUAGGCUUAGGAAUUCCUAGUCGGCCUAGGAAAUCCAGCGAGUCCUGUCUGUCAAAAGUAGACAACCAUGAGUAAGCCAUUAACAUAUUUUUCUUGAAGAAGGUAGGUGUUCUAAUAUUAAUUGAUAUACUUUUACUUAUCUCAGACAUUGGAAACCUGUAUCUUUCAGUCAUUACAAAUGAUUUUGUAAAAAUGAUUCAAAUAUUAUAUGAGCAAUACAAACAAUUGAUAACGUGAGAAUUAAGCUUAGUUAAUGUAAAAGAUUCAGCAGUUAGUAAGUUUUUUUUUUUUUUUUUUUGAGGCAGUCUCCCUCUGUUGCCCAGGAUGGAGUGCAGUGAUGCAAUCUUGGCUUACUGCAACCUCUGCCUCCUGGGCUCAAGGGAGCAGUUAGUUAGAUUACUUAGCUUCUGAAAGAUACUUUAUAUUCAAAUCAUAUGAAACCUUAAUUUACAUUGAGCAAUUAAAGAUUGAUCUUGAAUAAUUCAUAAUUCUUCCACAGUAGGAAUAAAAUGAUUCCUGGCUAUUUUCUUAAAAAUAAAAAAAUUUGAAAACCUC